GGUCUGCUCUGACGUUGAAAACUAUUGGACGGUGUUCAGGAAGGAGAGUUCUGUCUUUCAGGGAAACACGAGUUUCGGGGAGAUGGUGCGGUUCAAAUCGAGGUACCUCCUUUGCGAGGUGUCCUUCGCCGACCCCCGCUCCAGGCAGUGUCUGGAGGAGAGGGCAAUUUUCUCUGCCGUGAGGGACGCGAUCGCCCGGGCUCACGGGGACUACGGAGCGGCUUGCUGCGCGGUCUCCUUUGCAGUGAAGUACCUCAACGCUUACACUGGCAUCCUGCUUCUCCGCUGCCGCAAGGAACACUACCGGCUGCUGUGGUCAGCGCUCCCGUUCAUCAUCCACCUGGAGAGCCGGGGACAGAGGCAGCCCUGUCGCAUCAGCAGCAUCCACGUGGGCGGUACGAUCCGGACGUGCCAGCGGUUCUUGAUCCGGUAUAACAGACAGCAGCUGCUGCGGAUGCUGCCAGGCUGUCAGAGUGAAGAGGAACGUGUGUCGGUGCACAGGGCAGUGCUGAGCUGCUCGCUGAAGCAGCUCGAGGAAGAAGGCGGCUCUCGGGAUGAAGACUCCGACUGACCGUCUGGCUCGCCAGUGUCUCCUGGAGGAAGGAGGCUGCCUUCCCAGAGACCUACAGGAUGAGCACCCAGACUGUACCCCUGCUGCUCACGGACUGCGGGGAAAGUGUCUGUUGUCAGAUUCCCCCGUUCCACAGCAGUCUUUACUGCACCCUUAAAAUGACAUUCACCAGAGACCACACGAACGGCUGGUUUCAUAAAACCUGAUUUGAAAACCUGCUUUACCCCAGGUAACAGUGGCUGGACAGAGAAUAUUUCAAAUGUGUUUUAGUUUUCCUCUCGAGUUCGCUGCUGUGCUACAUGUAUUUUGUAAAUCAAUUCCAAUACAAUAAAGAACAUUGCACCACAGGCAAAUACAUACUGUAGGAAUUUAUUUACUGUAUGCAAAUACAAGAAAAAAGAGUUUUGUUUUGGACCAGAAGAUGCAAUGUUAUAUAAAUGACAUUACUCUCUUAUGUUUACCAACAAAGUCAGAACAGAUGGUGUGCAGCUGCCCUGCUGAAUCACAGAAUCAUGUCUGUACACAGACCACCGAAGAUCUUACUCAGACAGUUCUCAUCUCGAAGUGACAAGAGGUUAUUAAUACGCUGAACAAGUCUGUGAUGUAACUGGAGCAACGUGUAGGAAAACGCUUUCUUUACCCUCAAACAAACACGGUUCAGGCCAGACCCAGACUUAUCAAAAUAUCUAAUACUGGUUUUCAUCACAAUCCAGUUGUAUUGGACAAAACCAGCUUUCAGUGAAUGAAGGUGGGUAGUGAUUACUUCCCUGCUAGCUCAGUAACAAUACCACCAAAAAAACACAAUACAAAUAAAUUAAAUAUCACUCCAAGGCUUUGAUUCUGCGUAUUCUUUUAUUCCAUCAAACCGCUGGAUUAAACUUUCUCACAAGAGACAAAAGUAUACCUUUUUUUUUUUGUCUAACCCAAAAUAGAAGAUAUGGGGGGGGGAAAUAAAAAAAAAAAACCCACAAAUCAAGCUGUAGAAAACGUUAAAUGAUGGCUGCAACACAGAACAGGCAGGUCUGCAAAAAGUCAGUGAUUCAAGCUUGAAGAAUGGAGACUCGUGUGUGCUGGGGCCUCCACUGGGUCAAAAACAGAGAAUACCAGGGAUUACACACACACAGGGGAAGCCAAACCUGCCGCGGAUCAUCCCUCACACGUUUUAGUUUAAACCUCAGUAGCGAGUUAACAUUUGAACCACAAGCUAUAAAUACCUGGGGAGGUGCCCAAGCACCUGGCUGCAGACAGCACGUGUCAAGUGUACACUGCUCACCUACAGUGCUGUCAAAAGCAUAGGGCUUUCUAUUCCUGGCCAUGCUAAACAUCUCCACAUGGUCCAAAGCACCAUGCUUAUUCCAGGCUUUGCAGUAAGCCAACUCCACCAGAUAGAACGUGCUUAAUACAGAGUUUCCUCCCCAGCAGAAACAUCUCGCAUGGCAGGAUCUGCUCUUAACAGCUGCUAAUUUACAAACAUGUGACAACAGUUCAUGCCAGAGCCUUGCUCCCUUCCAUAGCGCAAUAUCACCUCCAGACUGAGCUGAUUCACAGAAUUACACUGAAACAAUACUGCUUGAAUUGAAGAAGGUUCAGAUCUGAGCAAUACAUAGACUGGUCAGCAGGGAAACAGGAGGGUACAGAAUAGACAGACGACUCUCUCCACCCAGGUUUGGGUUGACCUGAUUCUCUGUGAACGUAGCUCAGCCUGGCACCCCAUGGGGCAGCUUGCAUCAGGGAGUCCACAGCAAAGUGGACACCCUGGAACAGCUGUGGAGACGAUACUAACAGCUGACUGACUGUCCUUCACCUCAACACUGUCCACUCCCCAUCAUUAAAACAAAUGAAAUAAUUAUAAACUAAAAUCACUCCACAGCGAAAACCUAAAAAAAAAAAAAAAGAAAGACCUGACUAGUCUGAAUACAAAAA